AUGGAGGAGGCUAGUGAUAUUUCAUACUACAUCGGUCAAGAUGGAGUUGAGGCUUCAAGAGUGUUGGAUGUGCCUUUGGAGGAAGGAGAUGUUGUUUCCAUUAAUUUAGCAAAUAUCGAUGAACAAGAUCCUAGCGAAAUUGUCCUGUUUUUAGUUGAAACCAAGAGUGGGAAACAUUAUUGGAUUAUUAUGGCUCGGGCAUAUGCCAAAUUAGGCAAAUUAGAGGAAGCUGCCAAAAUCAUCCAGUCAGCUUUGGAUUCAAAUAUUUUUGGCAGUGAAGAUAUCAAAACCCUCCAGUCGUUUUUAGUAUGGUUGCAUUUCAAGUACGCUUCUUUGGGAAUUGACAAGGUUGAUCAUUUGGUAGAAGCAGGCACUGGGAUCGCUGAUUUGGCAACAAGAAUACACAAUGAUACACAGAGUUCUCCAGUCAAUAGCACAAGCACCUUGUUGUCACAAGCGGUAUUGUCUUUGUUUCAGGGCAAUGAUGAAGAGGCAUUAAAGAUCUUUGAUAAGAUAUUGAAGAGGGAUCAGAAUAACACGUUUGCUUUGUUGGGCAAAGCACAGGCUAUGCUAAACAAAUCGAAAAGUUAUGGAAAUGCGUUGAAGUUGUAUCAACAAGUUUUGGUAUUGAACCCAACCACGACACCAGACCCAAGAUUGGGUAUAGGUUUGUGUUGUUGGUUCUUGAAUGAUGAGAAAAUGGCAAUUCAGGCAUGGGAGCGAGCACUUGAACUAGAUCCAAACAAUUUGAAAGCAAGGAUAUACUUGAACUUGGCUCAUUUCCAUCGUGCAUUCAACAAUUCUUGGAGUGAUGAAGAGUUUGUUAGUAACUAUAAACAAUGUUUGAGUGAAUUGUCAAUCAUUCACAAGAGUAAUGUUAGCGAUUCGACUGUAUUGUUGGUUCUCGCAUCGUACUAUUUUUCCAAAAAUAACUUUGAGACGGUUGAAAAAUUGUUGAGAAAAGUUGUGAAAGAUAUAACUGGGGAUGACAAUUUGAGUAAGCUUAUUACAUAUUCGAAAGCUUCAAAAUAUGAACUCAAUGUGUUGUCUGAAUGUGGUACAUGGUUGGGAAGAAUCAAAUUUUCAGAAGGCGAUUUCAUUCAGGCAGCAAAGUAUUUCCAAGAAGCAAUCAAGCUCAACGAUUUAAACAUAGUAGCUAAAUUGGGAUUGGGUCAAUCGCAAUACAAUCGUGGAUCAAUUGAUGAAGCGGCAUUGACAUUUGAAUCCAUUUUGCGCAGUAAUGCGAAUUGCUUGGAAGCAAAUUAUUCACUUGGUAUCAUUUACGCCAAACAAAGUUCAAAGAAGAAGAAAGAGCUCGCUAUUCAAGCGUUGGAACGAUAUAUCAAACUUUCCAAUAACAGAGGGAUAUCAGCUAGUAAAAAUGACGCUGAUUUUUUGUUGAACAAAGAACCAGUUGCUUUGAAUGCAUAUUUGACAUUGAGCAAUUUAUACGAAAACACUGAUUUAAUGCAAGCACUUUUGUACUUGAACAAGGCUGUUGAAGCAAGAAAGCAAAUUGGAAAGGAUGUACCAUUGGAAAUCUACAACAAUAUAGGUGUCUUUCAGUUUACAAAACAGAAUUUUAAAGGCGCUUUGGAAAAUUUCCAAAUAGCUAUUGACAAAUUGGAUGGUGCUGAGUUCUUAAGUCCUGAUGGUGAUGUGUUGGUGGAUUUACCAAAUGAUUUGAAAGUCACUUUGACUUUCAACUCGGCCAGAACAAAGGAGCUCUCGAAUGAAAAAGACGCUUUAGACAUGUAUCAAUCGUUAUUAUCGGAGUGCCCCAACUACUUUUCUGCCAAAUUGCGUAUUUUGUUCUUGUCAUGUAUACUGGAAGAUGGGUUAACACCAAAGGAAAUUCAAUCUGAAAUUGAUGAGUUGUUGAAGUUAAAUGCUUCUGAUAUGGAAGUUAGAUCAUUUUAUGGGUGGUUUGCCAAAAAUUUUGGAAAGAAGUUGGGCUUGAAGCCAGAUGCAGAUACUGCCUUUCAAAAAGAGACUCUUGUUGAAUACGAUAAACACGAUUGUUAUGCUUUAAUUUCAUUAGCCAACAUUUAUUGCAUUUUAGCUAGAGAUUUGAAGGGGUCAAGUGUGGCGGAAAAGAAGAGGACAUACUAUGUGAGGGCAACUGAAUUGUAUACCAAGGUUUUAACGGUUGAUAGAAAAAAUGUGUAUGCAGCACAAGGGUUGGCUAUAGUUUACAUUGAAAACAAGGAAUCCACUAAAGGAUUAGACAUUUUGAGAAAAAUUAGAGAUUCAUUGAAUGAUAUCUCGGUAUACUUGAACCUUGGACAUGUUUUAUGUGAUGUGAAACAGUAUGGAAAGGCUAUUGAGAACUACGAACUUGCCUUGACGAGAUACACUGAUGGUAAAGAUGUUCAAAUUUUGACAUUUUUGGGUAGAGCUUGGACACUUCGAGGUAUCAGUGAGCAGAGUCUAAAUUUUUUCAAAACUGCUUUGGACUAUACUAAACGGGCAUUCAACUUGACAAGAGGGUCGAAAUCAGCCUUACUUUUCAAUAUCUCAUACAUUCAAUUCCAAAUUGCCGAUUUUAUCACCAAGCAACCAGUUCAAAAAAGACAACCACAGGAUAUAAGUGAUGCCAUUACUGGAUUAAGUGAAGCUAUUGAAACUUUGAUACAGUUAUCAUCCGACGAGGAAAAACAUCCACCAUACCCAAAAGAUGAACUACGUGGUAGGGCCAAUUUAGGUUCAAGCACAUUACUCAACAGACUCACCAAUGCUCUUGAUGAAACUAAGGAGGAUAUUGCAGAAAUUGAACAAAGACUUGAGACAGCAAAACAAUUGAGAGAAAAGGAAAAAGAAGCCGAGCUUCAAAAGGAACAAGAGAGAAUCAGUGCCAUGAAAGAGAAAGAGGCAGAAUUGGCCAAACAAAGAGCAGUCCUACAAGAACAAGCGCAACAAUGGGCCGAAGAAUCCAGAAUAGAUGUCACGGCGAACGAGGAAGAAGAGAAUGAUGACAAAUUGUUUGAACAGGAGCUAGAAGGUGAGGCUAAGAAAAAAGGUAAAGGUUCAAAGGGCAAAGGUAAAGGUAAAUCAAAGAAGGGCAAAGGUGCUAAAAAGGUUGUUUCAGAUAGCGAAGACGAGGAAGAAGAAGCUGACUUUUCUGAUGUUGAUAAAUCAAAAUCGAAUGGUAAGAGACAACGGGUAUCCAAUGAGGAGGAUGACGAGGACGAAGAUAAACCAGUGUCAAAUGGCUCCAAGAGGAAGAAAACGCAACAUUUGUCGAAUGAGUUUAUCAAGGACAGUGAUGAGGAAUUGGAGGAUGAUGAUCUUUUCGGUGAUGACAAAGAGGGCGAAGAUGAUGAUGAGAAUGGUGACGAAAACGGUGAUGAGAUGGGUGAAGAAAACGGUGAUAACGAAUAG